CCGCCGUAGCCACUGGGAAGCAAUCCGUCCGCCUCAGUCAGGGAACAGACGGCCGGGCGGGGAGGUGUGCGUGUUUUGGCUCCGGAUAUUUUUCAUUUAUGUCUAUGAUGGAGGCCAAAUAUGUGGUGCGCGUGGUGACGGACUUCAUGCUGCUGCUGACAGUGGGAGGCUGCAUAUUUGUGGUGAAGAAAGUGUGGUCCCCCUUUGAACGGGGUAUGUUUUGCAAUGACAAGUCAAUAAGCUACCCCUUUACUGAUCACGAGACCAUAUCAGACACGGUACUCCUGCUUUUUGGGGUGGCCAUGCCUGCGGUCCUGAUGAUCCUGCUGGAAGGAUGGCGAGCAAAGCACAACCCGGUUGGAAAGCCAGUCCGCGUCUGCAACCGGCACGCCCCCUCGUGGAUGUGGGCGUGUUACACCACCAUCGGGGUGUUCCUGUUUGGCUGCGCCUGUUCCCAGCUCACCACAGACAUCGCCAAGUACUCUGUGGGGCGCCUCAGACCACACUUCGUCAGCAUCUGCAAGCCAGACUGGUCAAAGAUUGACUGUAACCAGACCUACGUUGACCCCAUCCCGUGCACCUCCGAGGACUCCCACAGACUGAAGGAGGCCCGGCUGUCCUUCCCCUCCGGCCACGCCUCCUUCUCGGCCUUCACCAUGGUGUACCUCGUGAUCUACCUCCAGAUGCGGUUCAGGUUCAAGUCUCCGAGGCUGCUCCGUCCCUUCCUGCAGUUUGUGUUCCUCAUGAUGACCUUCUACACAUGUCUCUCCCGCAUCUCAGACUACAAACACCACUGGUCCGACGUCCUCUUUGGCUUCUUCCUCGGAACCACUGUGGCCAUCCUGAUCGCACGGUUUGUGUCUGACCUGUUCUGCUCACCCCCCCCAGCAUCACAGCACAAGCAGGGCCUCCCCUUGUACCUGCAGGGCUGCGGGGCAGCAGAGGGCGACAGCGAGACCAACAACACUGUCAACACUGUCCGCUCUCAGACUGCCGUUGGCACUGUCAGCGAGUGAGUGUGCAAGGAGCAAGCCAGCCAGUCAGUCAGGCUGCUGGGUCUGAAGCAGCAUUGUGGGUCACAUGAUCUGGUAGCUACUUAGUAAUUUCGUUCUUCCAUUAAUGUAUUUGCCAAGGAGGCACAUGUCCUAACAGCAAAGCUGUUGUAAAGCCUGCCAGUAAUGGUGACCACACUUCCACUGCACUAGAGUGGGAAGGUUCUGGCACAAAUCAUAAUGUGAUAACCCCUUUUUAACUUAAAUCCCUACAUAGUCAUGUACACUCCCUGCCUGGGUGAGUUCUGCUCUUCAUUUUAGCCUCAUAGAUAAGUUGUUUUAGGAAUAUUCAUAUUUUACAAUUAUUUUUUUAAGCAAUAGUUAGUGCUCUUUCUGUCAAGAAAGGUGAUAAUGAUAGUAGGUUAGGUGACUUCAUUGUAUCACUGCCUAUUACAGCUCACCAGACUAGACUGAAAUUUUAGGCAAUUAACACUGCACAGUAGCACCAGUGUAGGUGAGAGAUAUGCAUAGCAUUUAAAGGUAGGCUAAAAUGUUGAUAACCAAAGACUGUGGGCAUCUUGAGGUGGCUUGUAGUUGCAUGGCAGUAACUAUUGUUUGGAACACACCUUAGUAUUGGAGUCCAGCAGUCCGUUGACGACUUGUUCCUCUCGCACGCCACCGAGGCUGGCAGGCGUGUCCUCGCCCUCCACCAGGGCAGGACUCGGGAGGUGAAAUCUUCAUAGCUGGAAAUUCAAAUUCCAUUUUAGUAUUUUCCAUAAUGUACAGUACAAAAAUAGCAUAAAGAAUCUUGCUCAUCUAGGAAACAUUCUAGCUUACCUUUACAAGGGUGGUCCUGUUCUGUCACUUCCAUACCCUCAGGUCUCUCAAAUGUUUAACCAUUUUAUUAACAAGACUUUUAGGUAUUUAUAACUUUAUGGAGACUACAUAUUUGUUUAUGUAUGAAACCCAAUCUUCCUACCAAUGGCAUCUCAUUGUUUUAGGGUGAAACCUAACAUGCAUUUCAUACUUUUAUUGUUAAUACAUUUUCAUACUAGAUAAGGAUAGGUAUUAUUUUAACAAGAGGCAUUACUGUUGCAAUUGACUGUAUUACAAUUCUUUUUUAAAACAAUAGUAUAAGAAAUUUAGAGAAGUUAAAUCAAAAGAAAUACCUCUAAGCAGUGGUGUUGAAUUAAAAGUUUAAAUGUAAAUUAUUUUUUAGCAAAUUGUAAUUAAACAUUUAACACCUUCACUACGGCUGGGCCAAAACAGCGCCCCGUGCUGUAUCCGGGAUUGCCACGCGCGCCAAAUUUCAAAUGUUGCUAUUGAAUAUAACAAGUUUUCAGCCAUAAACUCAACAUAAUCAUCAUGUAUUAUAUAUGUAAACAUGCAGAAUUAAAUGGUGCACAUAAAGAAACUCCCUACGGCCGGGCCAAAACAGCGCCCCGCGCCGUAUCUGGGAUCGCCGCCCGUGCCAUAUUUCAAAUGUCACUAUUGAAUAUAACAAGUUUUCAGCUAUAAACUCAACACAAUCAUCAUGUAUUAUAUAUGAAAACAUGCAGAAUUAAAUGGUGCACAUAAAGAAACAAAUUAAUUGAUAAUUUUGAGAUAUAAGCAUAAAUAUAUAGAUAAAAUACCUCAUAUAUUGGCUAAAGCGAGCCAGGACGCAGUAUGCACAUCCUCGGAUAUGGUACGGGGCAUGCAAGAACGCAGUAUAUGCGUCCUCAUGUUGAAGGGGUUAAGUAUAUACAGUAAUCACUCAUGUAUAUGAACUCACAGCAGCUAAACCUUGAUAUUAAAGCUAAAUCAUCAUAAUACAUAACAUUAAAAGCUGGGAUGACUGGAAAAGACUUGAAAUUGGCAUGGCUGCCAGGCUGGUGGAGUACUCAGGCUGGGGCAGGCACGAUGCCUUUCCUUGCCCCUUGUUAGCAGCUGUUUUCAGUACCUGCCGUGUCCAGCUGCUUUGUGCACUCGACCUGCCUUGAGCCAGAUCACUUCAGAUACACGAGUGAAUACUGUGUCCUGCCUCCCUGCCAUGGCCAUGGGUACUGCUGCAGGAGGGGCCUUCAGGGGACACCAGUGAUUGACUUUGAAGCAGAAUUUUAUUUUGAAAAAUUACAGCUACUGAACACCUUAAUUGUUCUCGCUCAUAAAAAAAUAGUUUUUAGUUGUUCAUCGGAAGGUAAUAAAAGCAUAAUAGAGGCAUUAUGUUUGGAAAUUACUUAUCUUAAAAUUAAUUUCUCUGUAAUGUUGGAAAAGUUUUAGAGCAUCUUUUAAUAUAUCUGAGCUUGAUCCCUGUGACUGGCUCUGUGCUGCUUGGCUCACCGCUCGGCCCGCGGGUCAGCCUUCCUCUCCUGCCUCCCAUCGCCACUUUCUUCACUCUUCUAACAGUGGCAGUUACGUUACCUCAAUACCUUGGUCAGUUCAUGUUUUGCUAUUUAUGUUGAAUCAUGAAAACUUUAUUUUUUUUUACAAAGAGAUGAGCUGUACAUUAAGAUCACACGAAGUAAUUAUGCUUAUCACUUGAAAAUAAUAUUUUCAUUCCUUACUUCAUGGCAAACUUUAUUGCAAGAAAUCAUAAAUAAAAUAGUAAACAAUA